AUGGAAACUAUCCCGCAGGAGCUAUUUUUGUCCAUCCUCGAGUAUAUCGAAGUAAAUCCAAAACGUUUCAUGAAAUAUGUGACUGUCUCCAGACGUUGGCAGCGUGCCAUUGAACGGUUCUACUUCAACAGAAUCCGCGUUAACGAAUCUGAGCUUUCAUCCUUUGCAGAGCUCUUUCGGGAAACAGAGUCACAUCGGAAAUCCCUUGUUAAGCAGCUCUUUUUAAAGAUCCAUCUACCAGCGUAUGAUGGAGAUAACUACCAUCAGCAUAAGGAGGUCAAUAACCAAAUAUUCUCUACCACCAUCCUUAAGCUCUUCCAGGUGCUCGAAACGUUCGAUGGGGAUGAAGACGUCAAGAGAAAUCGCAGAAAGGGCGAUGGGUUACAGCUAACUAUAACCUAUAUAAAGUCGCCGUGCGAUGACUUCGAUGGAGAUGAUGCCAUAAAACUCCGAGGAACAUAUAUCCAGCUACUAAACCAUCAAAAGCUACCUACCCUAUCAUGUGUAUCCACAUUCUUUUCUGGUUGCCACGACUAUACUCGCAUGCUUGACCCAGCAUCCGGAAUUCUUAUUGCAGGCAAGCUUAAAAAUCUAAAACGUUGCACCACUGAUUACUACGAUCGCCGAGAAUGCAUCAAUAAUGAGACCCGGAAGAUAAUUCGUCCUGCGUUUGCAAAUGCCCUUUCCUUAUAUACUCAAUCCUUAGGAGCAUUCGAUCUCAGAAUGGAGUUCUCCUGUCCACUUGACGACGCAAGUUCCCCCCCAAAUUACGCUUUACCUUCCUCGCGCGUGGAUCCAAUGAACCUUGCCCUGGACGCCCCAGUACCAUUUUGGCCAAACAUGAGGGAUAUAUACGUUUGGGUUGCGCCAACUACACCAGAUGGAGACUGGUACUUCAUGGGUGACCCGAACAUUGCGUCUCACCCCGAAUUUAUAGGGGCCACGCGCGCAGACGACCAGACAUUACGAGGAACCGAAGACACCUGCAACUUCUUCCGUAUCAUUCCAAUACCAGAAAGGAUGAACCCUCUUCUAAUUGCUAUGGCACGUGCUGUCCGUUAUGCGCCUUCUAUCGAGGCGGUUGGCGUGCGUUUUGUAGAAGCGGAGUUAUCUCCUAAAUACGUGAAGACCAAGGGUUCAAAACGGCAAUUUGGCAUUUUUUAUUGUGCGCCUGGCACUGAACCGCCUUUCGGUAGUGGUCUUUCAGUAAUCAGGAGACCUAGCUUAAUAUGCGAUGUACAAGACUGGCGCCUUGAUGAGGAUAUCGAGAAGUAUUGGAUGGAGGCUUUAGGCCCGGACGGGUCGAUAGUUUAUGUUAACUGCGUACCCUACUGUCCACCCCCUUAG